AUGGCUGACGACCCCGAAUACAACGCUGAGGAGGCUGCCGAGCUCAAGAAGAGAAGAGCCUUCCGCAAGUUCUCCUACCGCGGAGUCGACCUUGACGCUCUCCUUGACCUCGACUCCGAGCAGCUCCGCGAUGUCGUCCACGCCCGUGCCCGCCGGCGCAUCAACCGUGGUCUCAAGCGCCGCCCCAUGGGUUUGAUCAAGAAGCUCCGCAAGGCCAAGCAGGAGGCCAAGCCCAACGAGAAGCCCGAGCUCGUCAAGACCCACCUCCGUGACAUGAUUGUCGUCCCCGAGAUGAUCGGCUCCGUCAUUGGCAUCUACUCCGGCAAGGAGUUCAACCAGGUUGAGAUCAAGCCCGAGAUGGUUGGUCACUACCUCGCUGAGUUCUCUAUCUCUUACAAGCCUGUCAAGCACGGUAGACCCGGUAUCGGUGCCACACACUCUUCUCGUUUCAUUCCUCUGAAGUAG